AGAAAGUACGAUUUGAAAAGAGUUGUGGGUCCAUAUUGGAUACGAGACACGAAGGUACAAAAAUCGGAUGUUGGGUCAAUCCAUCCCCAUUCUCUCUGACGUUAGUCCAAUUCGCCGCAUCCCUUGUCUGAUUACUCUGAAUCUGCACAUUUUUUUAUUUUUCAUUUCCUUUGUUCUUCAUGUUCUCUCUGUUGCGCUUUAGUCCCAUAUUUAAUUAAGCCUGGAUGUUUCGGGAAACUAAGUGUUAUGUUAUAUUUAAUGGGAUAGAAUCAGUGGGCACGUUUUAACCUUUAAAAUUGGCCUUGCUGUCAUUUCCUUCACCACCACCUGUCGCGCUGUACGUGUACUGCUUUCCUCUUAUGUCACGAUUUCCUGUAGGCAAUCCUCCAAAAUCCCUAAAGGCAACCUACCCACCGUACCAAAAGCAUCUGGAAGAAGAAAGAAAAUGUCAAAGCUUCCGAUGGAUGUAAUCACCGACGUUUGUUAUCGCCUCCCGGUGAAGACUCUGGUACGUUUCAAAUCGUUGUCUAAACCAUGCUGCUCUAUAAUCGAUGAUCCGGAAUUCAUCAGAGCCCACUUGAAUCGUUCCAACCGAACCAGAUCAAAUCUCAACAUCAUCCUCAGAGGCUUGCAUCUCUAUUCCGUCGAAUUUGACGCCCUCGAUACCGCCAUCCCGCUCGAAUACCCUUUGAGUAACGGCGCCGGGACGGAAGCCUUUGGUUCUUGUAACGGACUCCUUGCGUUGCGUAUGACCGAGAAAAGUCUCGCCUUGUACAACCCUUCAACGAGGGAGUUCCGUAGAUUGCCUGUUUCCCAGAUUGAUCCUCCCCCAGGCGAAUCGUGUAAGUCUGGGUAUGUCUUUUACGGGUUCGGACAGGAUGUUAAAACUGAUGAUUACAAAGUGGUGAGAAUGGCACAGUUUAAUAAGGAUGACGAGGAAGAUGAUGAAGGUUACUUUUUCGAUUACGAGGUUAAGGUUUAUAGUCUAAAGAAUGACUCUUGGAGAAAAAUCACUGAGCUUCCGCAUUAUCUUCGAUUCAUGUUUCAAUUUUUUUACCAUCUUUUGCAUAGGCGAGGCUAUGGUGUGCUUGCUGGUGGGGUUUUACAUUGGGUGAUGCCUCCACGAAUUGAAUUGGGAAUGAGAACCAGCAGGAUUGUUGGUUUCGAUCUUACGACCGAGAAGUUUGUUAAAGUGCCUCAGCCUGAGUGUGCUGACAGGAACUAUCUGUUGGAUGUGGCUGCUUUGGACGGAUGCCUGUGUGCUGUUUGUAAUUAUAACCAAGAAUUUGUUGAUGUCUGGGUUAUGAAGGAAUAUGGAAUGAAAGAAUCUUGGACCAGGUUGCUUUCUGUUCAAAAAACUAGAGCCAUUAACGCUUUAACAUUUCUAAGGCCAUUAGCAUAUUCCAAGUAUCGAGAUAAGGUUCUGUUGGAGAUUAACAAUCAAAAGUUUAUAUGGUACGAUUUACAAAGUAAGAAGAUGCGGAGUGUGAAGAUCGGUGGUAGUUCAACUUCGUUUGGUGCUGAGGUUUAUGUAGGAAGCCUGGUUCCAAUAGAGGACCGGAAAAGAGUGGAAAAUCAGAAGCAAAAUGAACGAGAAGAACAGAAGAAACGAAAUAGAAAGAAGAGGGAUGAUUUCCUGUCACAAGGAUUCAAAUUGGUUUUAUAAUCAAAAUCAAGAAAACAAAUAGAAUAUGAGCAAAGUUCAGGAGAAGCUAAAUAGCUUAUAAAGGACCAAGAUGCUUGAUUCCCAAAGGGUUGACUUGAGGUCAACUUAGUUGACUUACGACUGCAAAAAAGGUUGAAGAUAAUGGUUUAAACGCGGAUCAGCAAUCGUUUGAAGCAUUCCCUGAACUUUCUUUGACAUGGGUCCAAAGUGGGUUCAUAUGUCUAGCUUGCAGGAAGGAAUGUUUUGAUUGAGUGGAUCAUUUCAGAAGAGGAUUUGUAGCCACAUAUCUGGCAGAUCAAACAAAAUAGGGUGUUUCAAUGACAGCUUUGACAGAUUUUAUAUUAUCUUUUAUUAAGGUGAACUGCUUUUAUUUCAUCUGAAUGUGACUGGCAAAUUUUUAUUUUUUUGUUUUUGGCAUUCAUAGGUCAAUGAGAAUGGUACAAUUAUGGUUGUGAGUC